AUGUUUUACUUGGAUCAGAAUCUCCAACUGUUCUGGCUUCUUCACACUGAAGAAAGUCCUGCAAAGACUUUUUUCAGUGUGAAGAAGCCAGAACAGUUGGAGAUUCUGAUCCAAGUAAAACAUAUUUUGGUACAAUUGAAAAAAGGUUGUCUUAUUUAUGAACUCUUCUCUGGUAUGAAGUUGAGCAAAACUGAGGAGCUGCGCAAUACUGCUAGCAUUCCAAAGUCUCUACUUCCAGAUUAUCAGCGUCUCUUGAGUUCUAUGCCUUCUCGCAGGUUGAAUUCAUCAAAGCUUCUGGAAAAUAGCGAAUAUUUUCAAAAUAAGUUGGUGGAGACUAUACACUUUAUGGAAAUUCUUAAUUUGAAAGACAGUGUUGAAAAGGAUACCUUUUUUCGUAAGCUUCCAAAUCUUGCCGAGCAGCUUCCUCGCCAAAUAGUGCUGAAAAAGUUGCUUCCAUUACUAGCAUCCGCCUUAGAAUUUGGUUCAGCUGCUGCACCUGCUUUGACAGCAUUGUUGAAAAUGGGUUCUUGGCUUUCAGCCAAAGAUUUUAGUCUCAAGGUAUUACCAACAGUGGUCAAACUUUUUGCAUCAAAUGAUCGUGCUAUUCGAGUUGGCCUUCUGCAGCAUAUUGAUCAAUUUGGCGAGUCGUUAUCCUCACAAGUUGUUGAUGAACAAGUUUACCCUCAUGUUGCUACCGGCUUUUCCGACACAUCUGCUUUUCUACGGGAAUUGACACUCAAAUCCAUUCUUGUUCUUGCUCCUAAGUUGUCUCAGCGCACUAUAUCAGGGUCAUUACUGAAAUUCCUUUCCAAACUACAGGUUGAUGAAGAACCGGCAAUUAGAACAAAUACUACUAUAUUGCUCGGAAAUAUUGCAAGCUACCUUAAUGACGGGAUGAGGAAAAGAGUUCUGAUAAAUGCAUUUACAGUUCGAGCUUUGCGUGAUACGUUCUCUCCUGCCCGAGGAGCAGGUAUUAUGGCUUUAUGUGCCACUAGUUCUUAUUAUGACGUCACAGAGAUUGCGACUCGAAUUCUACCAAAUGUUGUUGUGCUGACCAUUGAUCCUGACAGUGACGUUCGAUCAAAGGCAUGCCAAGCUGUUGACCAAUUUUUACAAAUAGUGAAACAAUACCAUGAGAAGACAAGCACUGGGGAUACCAUGGGUGCUUCAAGCACAGGAAUUUCAUCAAUACCUGGAAACGCAAGUUUACUUGGAUGGGCCAUGAGCUCUCUGACUCUAAAAGGGGGCAAAACUUCUGAGCCGAGUGUUCUUGCUCCAUCGAGUGCAAGUGCACCUAUUGCUUCUUCAAUCUCCAAUGCCAGCUCUGACUUGGAUGGUGCACAUGUACCGGCAGUCCGUGUAAGUUCUAGCCCAGAUCUAACUGAUCAGCCUGCACCUGUGUCCCCUACCUCAUCAACUGAUGGAUGGGGAGAACUUGAAAAUGGCAUUCAUGUAGAUGAUGAGGGUGAAAAAGAUGGUUGGGAUGAUGUUGAGCCACUAGAAGCAUCAAAACCAUCUUCAGCUCUUGCAAAUAUCCAAGCAGCCCAAAAGCGACCCGUCUCACAGCCAAAACCACAAGUUACAAGUUCAAGACGAAAAAGCACAUUAAAGACAAGUAGAGAUGAGGACAAUGACUUGUGGGGUUCAACAGCCAACCCUGCUCCAAAACCUUCAAACUCAAAAACAAGCAUAGUUGACGACAAUGACCCUUGGGGUGCUAUAUCUGCUCCAGUUCCGAAAUCAUCAUCAAAGCCUAUGAAUCUGAAAUCUGGUGGAUCUGCUGAUGACGACCUUUGGGCUUCGAUUGCAGCCCCUGCACCCACAACUGGAUCCAAGCCCUUGUCAGCGGGGCGAGGCAGAGGUUCUAAACCUGCUGCUCUAAAACUGGGUGCUCAAAGGAUAAACAGAACAUCAUCUGGGAUGUAA